CGGAUCACAUGACCUCCUCUCCUCCAGACUGCAUGCAGUUUGGUAUUAAAAUGUUUUCUGUACCAACCAUUGUGUUGUUGUUGCACAUUUGACAUGACAGCUACACGUUGAGCUAUUUCUUUCUAUGUUAAGCUUCCCAUUAACAACUGGGACUGACGACACCAGCCGCUCGCUGCGUUUCCAGCUGUUAUUUUUGUGUUUGGCUUUAAAGUGAAGCUAACGUUAGCGAACUGGUCGAACGAACGGCGACGAGGCCGCAACCGGACGGGAACAGGGGGGAACCAUGGCCAAUAUCGCAGUUCAGAGGAUAAAACGGGAAUUUAAAGAGGUUCUUAAAAGUGAAGAGACAAGCAAAAAUCAGAUAAAGGUAGACCUGGUGGAUGAGAACUUCACAGAACUUAAAGGGGAGAUAGCAGGGCCGCCUGACACGCCAUAUGAAGGAGGUAGAUAUCAACUAGAAAUCAAAAUUCCAGAGACGUAUCCAUUCAAUCCACCCAAGGUUCGGUUUAUCACAAAGAUCUGGCAUCCUAAUAUCAGCUCGGUCACAGGUGCAAUAUGUCUGGACAUUCUUAAAGAUCAGUGGGCAGCAGCCAUGACGCUGAGGACCGUCCUUUUGUCGUUACAAGCCUUGCUGGCAGCUGCAGAACCAGACGAUCCACAAGAUGCAGUGGUAGCUAAUCAGUACAAGCAGAAUCCAGAGAUGUUCAAACAGACGGCGAGGCUCUGGUCUCACGUCUACGCCGGCGCUCCCGUCUCCAGUCCGGAGUACACACGCAAAAUAGACAAACUAUGUGCCAUGGGCUUUGAAAAAAAUGCAGUAAUAGUGGCAUUGUCAUCGAAAUCCUGGGAUGUGGAGACGGCGACGGAGCUCCUGCUCAGUAACUGAGUUUUUCAGUCUCCAUGUCUCACUUCACACACACACACUCUCUCCAAACUCCUGCUGUCUGAAGGCGUACGUUCCUCAGUCCGACCCCCGUUUUUACAUGGGACACUUCUCCAGCUUCAUUUGAUCCCCUCAGUGUGACAUGUUCUCUCUGCUGCACCACACUCCACCUAUCUGCUCCGUCAGCUCUUACUUCAGUUUCUUUUGUAAGUUCAACAUUCCACUCAGUGCUACAAUCAGAAAUGAUACCACUUCCCACCCCCACGUUACAGAGAACUAGACCUAAAGUCCCACCCACAUUAGUCUCUGUCCCCCGGUUGUCUGGUUCUGUCCAGAAAGCGGUGGUCAGUGGCGUAUCCUUGCCUAUGCAGUGCAUUUAUUUUCAUGGUUUUGAAUGACCGUCAAGCCAUUCAAGAGGAUUUUUAAUUUUUUUGCCCCUGGAUCACUUUGGGCCUGUUUUCAAUACAGGAAUCAAGUCGAGUCCUGAACUUCUCGUGGAUUUUCUUAAUCGCCGUAUUUAAAUUUCACUCUGUAAUUUGUACUGUUUAACAGAAUAAAGUCUUUUCUAGUGAAGGAGUUACAGUUUAAUGGCAUCAAAGGUGAGAUGCUGAUAACAUCUUACUGGUAGAGUGUUGCAUUGUGGGUACAUUUAGGUAAGAGUAGGUAUCAAAAGAAGAAUCACAUUUUUGUGCUGUUCUGCAUGAAUUGAGCACGUGAUGUAGUCCACUAUCUAGGUCAGCUAAUUCUGUGUUCUGGAAAACGGCUCAUUAAGUGUCUUUGAGGUGUUUUCACAGCAGCCAUGUUCAUCUUCAUCCUCGUCUUCAUCAUCCUCAAGUUUACCCUAUCAGCAGUCAGCAUCUGGCCCCUCCCACAUCCCAUCGCCACGCCUCCCUCACACGUUUUAAAGCUUUUAGUUGCUUCUGGCCUCCCAACAGGAAUAGAAUUGGUUUCUUGUUUUUAAAACCAAAAGGAAAAAAAAUCACAUUCAGUAGUUACACAAGCCUGUGGAAAGUCUGGAAGAAUUUUACAUCAUCUUAAUCAUGUCAACAAACAAAACCUGUCGGAGUCAUCUGUAAAUAAAAAGAAUAAAGUCUGUGUAAAUUAA